UUCUAGCCAAAACCGCUGCCAGCCAGCUGAAGAUUGAACCCCCACUCCAAAACCGUCUGCGCACACCGUUUCUCAUCGAAGCUAAGUUUACGCCUUUUUAGUGCUUUUGAGAAGACAUAAUACCAAUAAAUGAAUAAAAAUACAUGAAUUUUGAGUUGAUAGAAUAUUACUAUGAAAAUCUUCCUGGGCGUGUUGUUGACGCGCUGCCUACAAGCGGAACUAUUGUUGUCAUGUGAUGCGCUGUCAGGACGUCAAAUCUGACGGAGCAAACUUUCAUUCUUCUCUAAUGUUUGGACAUGUUAUUAUAUCUUGCUCAAGAUGUAUUCUGCAGCAACGGAGAGUUUAAUUAAGCAAGCGAGAGAAAUAAAGGAGGAUGAGUUGCAGAAGUUCUAUGGGCGCGUUUUUAAGCUGCUUCACAGUAAAGAUCAGGGCGGAGAUACUGUGGACUCACUGCAAAGGCUUCACCUGAUACUUUCUGCCACUAAAUAUAGCAGAGAGCUUCCAUCAGAUCUGGUGAUGAAGCUGCAGACGGUUCUUUGCUCUUCUUGUCCAGAGCAGCUUCAGGUUUUGUCCUGCUCUAUACUGCGGGAGAUCUUCCUCAGUGUGCACAGCCUCUGCUCUAAUGUCAGUCAGGACAGCAGGACCAUCAGCUAUGUGGCAAGCAUUGCUCUGUCCCAGGCUGGGAAUAAAGAGGAGGUGAUGCCUCUGUGUCACCACUUGCUGAAAAGCCUUGAGUCUCGACUGUCCGAGGGCCAGAUGUCGAAACAUACACUUCCCAUAUUAUCCAAAAUGAUCAGUGUCUAUCCAGACAUUCUUACAGAUGAUCAGGUAAACCUUGUCAGUCGUAAGAUGGUGGAUUGGUUGCGAUAUGCAAGUAUGCAGCAAGGAGCAUCGGUGUCCUCUGGUGGGUUUUUUAGUGGACCGAGAACGCGACAGCCGGCCCCACUGAUGGAGCUGGACGGGGUGGUAACCGGAGAUUUCUUCACAGUGUUAUGUGUGGGUCAGAGCUACACUGAAGAUCAGUGGAUGAACAUGUACGCGUUCUCCAUGAUCAGAAGCUGGCUGCUCACUUAUGACACAGGCGGCACUUCAAAUGCUGAAUCAGCUCUACUAAAAAGAACACAUGUCAUUCAAUCACAGCACCAAGACGAUCGCUCGGAGGUGGACAGUUCAGUAAUGUCCAUGGUGUCGGCCACGUCCUCCUCCAGCCGACUGCUUCCUCCCAAAGAGAGGCUGAGAGAGAAGACGUUUGAGUACUGUCAGCGGCUCAUCGAGCAGAGCGACCGCAAAGCUUUGAAGAAGACAGAUACAGAGCUACAGAAAGCGUGUAUUGUUGAAUCAGUGUCUAUCAUGGACAUCAUCUGUGGUGAGGACCCGUCCUAUGUGUACCGUGCCUUUCCUUGCAUCAAAGCCCUGUACGGCAGGCUGAACGGAGAUCUGGCCUAUUCCAGAACUCUUAUUCCCAUCGCUCAAUUCUACCUCAACCACAGUGAGAUGGCCGCAGUGGAUUCGGAGGCCGUGUUCCGUCAGCUCUUCGGCCACUGUCCCACGGGGCAGUUCAACGAGCCCAUGCUCGCCUUCGAGUUCAUCCAGUUCUGUCUUCUCAACGCCAGCACGCUGCAAGCCAGAGUGACCAACUACAGACAUAGCUUUCCUAACCUCCUAAAGUUUUUGGCUUGGAACAGCCCGGGGUUGAUUUCUGAGUUUGUGGAGCUGCUGCCAUCAUUAUUAGCUCCUGAUACAGCCAUUGAGUUAUUGCACACCAUCCUGGAUCUGCCCUGCUUAGCAGCGGCCUUGGAUCUCCAGCACAGGUCAGCAUGCUAUCAGGCCUCUGACCGUACCUUGUGGGACCAGCAGGGGGUGAAGGUGGCUGCUUGUCUAGAUGCAUUUCGCCAGCCAUUCUAUAGGGGUCUGUUUCUUUACAUCCUCAGACCUGAAGCUGGGACUGGAGACACUAUAGACAGGUUGAGAAUGCUUCACGAGAUCUUGGCUGACAUGGCAGAUAGUCCACGGGUUGUGCGGUGUGCUCAGGUCAUCCCGGUGCUUCUGCAUGUGUACUUCAACACGGUCACUCAGAUAUCUGAUGAGAAACUGAUGAAUCAACUGAUGCUGGUGCUGCUGGAAAGAAGUGGUCUGCUCUACAACAUCAGAACAUUUCAUGCUGAGGUUCAAAGGGUAUUUAGCACUCACCUGCAGACCUUGUGUAAACUCCACCCAUCACUGAUUGUGGAUCAGUCCAGAGAGCUCUUGGACUUUGUAGGUUCCCCAUCCAACAUUUACAGUAAAGAAGACUUCUACACACAUGUGGUGUGGGUCAUCGGCGAGUAUCUGUCUGUGUCCUACGACACCCGCUGCAGCGUGGAGCUCAUCACCUCUUUUUUCGAGAGUUUGGAAGCAGUGCUGUUUGAGAUAACGCAGGUGCGACAGUCAGCCAGCCCUCCGAGUUUCUCCCCUCGCCUCAUCACCGUGCUCAUGACCACACUGGCUAAACUGGCCACACGCAGUCAGGACCUCAUCCCCAGGGUGUCGCUCUUCCUGUCUAAGAUGCGUCUGUUUGCUCGCAGUGCUCCUGUGACAGCGUGCUACAGUGAGGAGGACUCUGAGGAGAUCAUCACUCGAGCGCAUGAACUCAUUAACCUGCUCAAGUUACCAAAUGUAGCUCAGUUUGUAUUGGCCCCUUCAGCAGGAGGAGACGGACCCCGCUGGCACAGAGAUACCAACACCUCACUGCCUCAGAGCAUGAGAACAAUCAGCACACUCCUCCACAGACACUCCAGCGUACUGCCCACAUGAAGUAUGACUGGGAUGU